AUGGCGUGGUAUGAUUUCAAACGCCCAAUCUCAGCACAGCAAGAUGUUAGCGAUGAGCGGGAUAAAGCCUAUCUGGAGAGACUGGGAAAGAGGAGUGUUCUCCAGCGCAAUUUCGGGAUCUGGUCGAUUCUGGGGUUCAGCUGUACGAUUCUUUCGACGUGGGAGGGGUUAUUUGCGACAUUCUUGAUUCCUUUACAAAAUGGAGGCCCAGCAGGCGCCGUCUAUGCGUAUAUCUUUGCCUGGACGGGAACGGCUGCUUCGUUUACUGUUCUGGCGGAGAUGUCUUCUAUGUAUAUAAUUGCCCCAACAUCCGGGGGACAAUACCACUGGUGCGCUAUGCUUGCACCUCUAUCAUCCAUGAAAUUCCUCAGCUACAUCACAGGCUGGCUCACAAUCAUCGGCUGGCAAACCGCCUUUGCAUCCGCCGCCUAUCUCGCCGGCACAGAAAUCCAAGGCGCUGCUAUCCUCGCCCAUGAAAAUUACAACGCACAGCCAUGGCAUGGCACUCUGAUCCUCUGGGCUGGAUUACUCGUCGCCCUAGCAGGCAAUCUAAUCGGGGGCAAGUUUCUGCCUAGACUGGAAGUAUUCAUCCUCGGGAUUCAUGUUAUAGGAUUCUUCUGCAUUCUCAUUCCCAUGACCGAUCUGGCGGACCACAAGACAAGCCAGGAGGUGUUUCGGGACUUUCUGAAUGAUGGCGGUUUUCCAUCACAGGGUCUGUCGUGGUGUAUAGGCAUGACCGGCUGUGUUUUUGCUUUUGCGGGUGGUGAUGCUGCUGUUCAUAUGGCAGAAGAAGUCGCCAACGCAUCCACCGCCAUCCCCCGCGCCAUCCUCCUCAGCGUUCUCAUCAACGGCACCCUCGGCUUCACCAUGCUCAUCGCCGUACUCUUUUGCAUGGGAAAUGUCCAAGACGCGGUCGACAGUAAGACCGGGUAUCCAUUUAUGGAAAUCUUCUAUCAAGCGACGCACUCUAUCCCUGGUUCAGUGGCUAUGAUCUGCGUAUUGUUGGUUAUAGGUAUCUGCUCGGUUAUUGGGAUGUUGGCGGCUACUUCGCGCCAGUUUUGGUCGUUUGCGAGGGAUAGAGGCGUGCCUGGGUGGAGGGUUUGGAGUAGGGUAUCGCCGAACUCGUCUAUACCGAUAUACUCGGUCAUACUGACAAUGACCAUUGCGUGUCUCCUCGGCCUCAUCAAUAUCGGCUCUAGCGUUGCACUCAACGAUAUCCUCUCCAUGGCCGUCUCGGGCCUCUACGCGUCCUACUUAACAGUCGCAUCUCUCCUUCUCUACCGCCGUAUUAAAGGUGAUAUAUCAAUCUACGACACAAACGAUACAUCACCCAUGAACGUUCCCGGAGCGAGACUUGUCUGGGGUCCAUUCCGCGUCCCGGGUAUCUGGGGGAUAUUGCUGAAUGGAUAUGCAGUUAUCUAUAUGAUUAUCGUGGUUUUCUUUAGUUUUUGGCCUACAAGUAUGCAGGUUGAGGUGGAGAGUAUGAAUUAUAGUGUUGUUGGGACUGUGGGGACCGUUAUUCUCGCGGUGGUUUAUUAUUUCAUUAGAGCGAGGAGGGUUUAUACGGGGCCUGUUGUGGAGGUUUUUUGA